CAAUUUGUUUUAGCUUCAUGUUAUGGCUGAAAUCCUGGAUGAAGAUAUUCUAGCCAAUAUAUACUCUGAAGCCAAGAAAUGCGAAGAAGAUGGGUUUUUAGAUGAAGCACUCUCACUUUACCAAGACGCAUUCAAUCUCCGAGAAUCAGAGUUUUCAAAACUAGCUAUUGAUAGACUGUCAGAUAUGAUAAAUACUAAAUUGGCUUCUAACUUUGAUGCAUCACUUCAUCUCAAAGCAUCUCCACGCUUCCAGUCUACCCCAUACUCCACUCAAGUAGAUGAUGUAGCUUUAAAUGGACCAUCUGUUUACGGUGGUUCAAGGACAACACCUGUAAGAUCAGUCUUAAAGAAUAAGAACUUGAACAUAAGUGGUAUUAGUCAGCCAAACAAUAUGACAAUAGCAGUACAAGAAGGUGAACAAUCAUUUGAUGCUGGCCAUUACAACAACCUCAUAAUUGAAGCUCGCUCACUUUAUAAGAACAGCAAGCAGCUUGAGAAAGCCCUUGAAAAAUACAAUGAAGCUUAUUCCUUACACCAAGAUGCAAAAUUGUACAAACGGAUACUAAAAAUUAACCAAGAGCUAAAAUUAAAGCAGGUUCAGACAUAUGUUGAAACGUCAGCAAAAGAAUCAGAAUCUGAUAAGGAGGACCUGAUCGAUCAAUAUAACAACCUUGUUAUCAAUGCUAAAGCUUGCUUAGAAUCUGACAGAGCAGAUGAAGCUCUUCGACUAUAUCAAGAGGCUUACAAGGUUGACCCUUCUGAAAAACUUCUUCAAAAGAUAACUAAAUUAGAAGAGGAAUUAGCUCCGGCUGAUAACAGCACUAGUGUAGACGUCGAGCAAUACAACAAUCUUAUCAAGGAAGCAAAAGCAAAGCUGAAGGAGGAAGACUAUGAAGGUGCCCUUUUGAAGUAUGAAAAUGCAAAUGAGAUUAAUCCUACGGAGAAGCUGCAAAAGAGAAUAGACAAGAUCAAAGACUUCAUUGAAAAUGAUGAUGAAGAAGAUGAUGAUGAUGAUAAUUAUGAGCAGGUCACUCCAACAAAUGAUCCUUAUCCAUCAAACGAUCAAGAUUUGAAUAAGUCUGUUGUUAAAUCUGAGGUUGAUGAACAUUGCAAUAGCUUGGUUAAGAAUGCUCAAAUUUGGGAGGGGAAAGAUAUGUUGAGUGAAGCAUUAGAUGCAUACAGAGAAGCUCAAAAUUUAAAGCCCUGUCCUUAUUUUGUUCAGAAGAUCAACGAUUUAGAAAAGAAGCUUGUUAUCAAUGAUAACAAUGAAAAUGAUGAUGAAUCUGAGCUAAAUGUUGAACAUUAUAAUCAGCUCAUUAUCCAAGGAAGGGAGCAUCUUAAUGAUGGCAAUUUGUCAAAAGCUUUAGAAGCUUACAAUGAGGCGCAUAAUCUGAAUCCCUCUGAAAAGCUUUCAAAGAGGAUCACAAAAAUCGAACAAAAGUUGUCUGCUGAAUUAGAAAAGGAGGAUGAAGAACCGGAGAUAGAUGAUGAAAUCAGGGAUUAUUAUGAAGCUACCAUUGCAGACGCCAAGAACAAGGAAGACAAACUUCUGUACGAUGAGGCAAUCGCUCUUUAUGAAGAAGCUCAUGAACUGAUUCCAAGUGACAACAUCUCCCAAAAAAUUGCUAGUUUGGAAUUUAAAAGGGACUCCGAAAGAGAUCCUCAAGAUCACAAGCCAUCUUCAGUACAGAGCCUCAAUGAUCUAUCGGCUGAUGACAAAGCAAAGUACAAUGAGUUGAUAGUCAAAGGGAAAUAUGCUCAGAAAGAGUCAAAAAUUGAAAAGGCUCUCAGUUAUUACAAAAAGGCUGCUCAAAUUUAUAAGAAUGAGAAACUGGGUACUAGAAUACAGAAACUGGAAACGUUUUUGAAAGAGGAAGCUGAGAACGAAAAUCUCUACACGGAUAUUGGUGAUGGCCUUUUCCUUACAAAUGAUAUCCACGACAAAUUGUAUCAAUACCAGAGGGAAGGUGUGAAAUGGAUGUGGGAGCUUUAUCGAGCUGAGCAUGGUGGCAUUCUUGGAGAUGAUAUGGGUCUUGGUAAAACGAUUCAAACAAUAGCUUACUUGCAAGCCCUGUUUCUGAUGGAGGAAAUUUCGACAGCCAUGCUGUGUAUGCCUCUGUCACUUAUCAAUAACUGGCAGGUAGAAUUCAAAAAAUGGGCUCCAGAAAUCCGUGUUGAAUUGUUUCAUGGCUCAAAGAAUGAAAGAGAAAGAAAUGUUAAGAAAGUCAUCAAAAGAGGGGGUGUUAUCUUGACGACUUACGGGAUUAUCGAGAAAAAUGUAGAGUUCUUGGUUAACACCUCGUUCAAGUGGGACUAUCUUGUGCUGGAUGAGGGUCACAAAAUCAAAAAUCCCACCAAAACCAGUAAAGCUAUGAGAAAUGUGCCGUGUAAUCAUAGGCUCCUUAUUUCUGGUACACCUAUUCAGAAUAAUUUAAAAGAACUUUGGGCUUUGUUCGACUUCGUGUCCAGAGGUAAACUUUUGGGAACCAUGACAACUUUUAAGAUGAACUAUAUAACACCUAUCGAAAGAGGUAGAGAAAAAGAUGCCUCCAAAGGGGAAGCUAAACUUGGAGCUAAACUUGCAGAAAAUCUCAGAAAGGUGAUUGACCCCUAUUUCUUGCGUCGGACAAAGGCUGAAAUCAAGAAAAACGGCAAUGAUGCCUCCAGCGGAGUAAGCAAGCUUGGAAAAAAGAACGAGCUGUGUGUCUGGCUCCAGCUGUCAAAUGUGCAACUCAACCUCUACAAAGCUUUUUUGACUCUCGAUUCAGUUCGGGAUGCAAUGAACUCUUCUAAAUCCCCACUCGCUGCACUUACUGUUUUAAAGAAGAUAUGUGAUCAUCCCAGACUUGCUACCAAGUUUGAGGCUCUACGAGAAGUUAUGGAUGCAGAAAGUAUGAGCAUGAAACCUGAGGAUCAUCAGAAACUCCUUUCAACAGUUGAGCUUCCUAAAGAUCCAACGGAUGACAUUCUUCAAAGAGAAAGCUGUAAACUAGAGUUUGCUCUAGGAUUGCUGGAUCUUCUGGCUGCAGAUGGACAUAGAACACUUUUAUUUUCAACCUCUCUCAAGAUCCUGAAUUAUAUCCAGUCGAUGAUAGCUGACAAGGGUAUGCAAUAUUUGCGGAUAGAUGGUUCCAUCAACAAGCCAGGUGACAGACAGGCAAUAAUCGACUCAUUCAACACUGACAUGAGAUACACUGUUUUAUUACUGACAACUCAAGUUGGAGGUGUUGGGCUCAACCUUACCUCCGCUGAUAGGGUUAUCAUCUAUGAUCCUAGCUGGAAUCCAGCUACUGAUGCCCAGGCUGUAGACAGGUCUUAUAGGAUAGGACAAACAAAACCAGUCAUUGUCUACAGGCUUCUUACCAGUGGAACUAUCGAGGAGAAAAUUUACAGGAAACAAGUGUUUAAAAACAGCAUCACCCGGCAGGCCACUGGAGAAUCAUUAGAUCCAAUCAGGUACUUUACGAACCAAGAGAUCUCACAGUUAUUUGAGCUGGGGAACACUUCGGUGAGUGAAACCUGUACUCAACUUGAGGAACUGCACGGAGCUGCCAGGAAUCAUUCUGACCAAGUUAAGAGUGACUUGAAGGCUAUCGAGGAAAUGGGUGCCAUUGCCUGCAGUGACCAUGAUUUACUCUUUUCACAUGAGGAAGUAGUGGAAAAUACUCCCGAGGAGCGCCAGUUCGUAGAGGACAGGGUACAACAAGCGAAAAGGCACAUGGCUGCUGAAGCAGCGGCAGCUGGACCAGUUCCGUUCCCUAACUACACAGCCCCUAAUCGCAACACACACAACCCUAACCCAGGAGCUACUGCUGUGCCACUAGGUGGGGGAAUGAGAGCACCUUGGGAGCCUACUAGAGGGCACAGUAUGUGGAAUAAUAAGGAGGCGGAAGUUGAGGCUGUUCGUAAAGAUAUCGAGAGGGUCGAGAUAAGAGCUAGAGAGUCUCCUUAUUUCAAAGAAUCGGAGGGCAGGACAGCAGAGGUCAUAACAAUUGACGAUGAUGAUGAUGAAAACGAAGUUCAAGUCAAGGAGACUAAAGAAGCGAAGAAACUUUCAUUGACUGAUUACAAAAACAGACAGAUGAAGAUAUUCGAUUAUGUCGACAGUCCGACCCAAGAAUCUCGUGAAAUCCCAAGUAGUCCUACCUUCAAAAGCCCAAGUAGUCCUACCUUCAAAAGCCCAAGUAGUCCUACCUUCAAAAGCCCGGUCAGGCCAAGAAGGUCCAUCAAGAAGAACGUGGUUACACCUAGGAAAUCGCUCAGUAAUCCAGUGGGUCAGAUAAUCGCUAACCAUAUCCAGAACACUCCUAAAAAGAAGUCUGCAUAUAGUGACGAUGAAGUUGAAGAUGAUCUGGAGAAUUCCAGGUAUGACAACCUGAACAAGCCGCCUUGUUUGGACGAUUCUGAAGAUGAGGAUGAUUAUUAUGAUGGUCAAGAAGAGCAAGAAGCAGAUGAAGAACACGAACAAGAAUCCAAAGAGGAGCAAGCGGCCGAUGUUGAUGACGAUGAAGAAUAUGACGAAGAGGAAGAAGAGGAAGAAGAGGAUGAAGAGGAAGAAGUCGUAGAAGUCGUAGAAGUGGAAGAAAAGGUUGAUGAUCUAGAAGGCUUAGUCAAGAGCUUAAAGUUCAACUCGCCUCACAGCUCGGAUCAGCCAGCUAAUCAGCAAAUUGAAAAGACUACGGAGAUCAAUCGGAGACCACCCUUGGAGCCCAAAAACCUCUUAACUGAGAAACUCAAAACACAGGCCACAGAAUCUGAAGUUAGAACUCCAAACCUUCAUCAACUUGACCCUCGGCAACAAGAUCAGUCCAAGUCACAGCCGAGAAAAGAGGAAAAGUCAAAAAGAAGUUCAAAAGUCGACAAAGAGAACAAACAACCGGCCUCAUCUAAAUCCUCCAACUCAGUGAACUGUACGUGCGGCCGUUUACAAGCUGCGUUGGCAAAAGGAUACAAAGUGACGAAAUGCAAAUGUAUGUGCAGUCCUACUGAGGACGAAAAAUACAAUCGAUAUCUUGAACGUGGACUGGAACAUCAGAAAGCCGGUAACGCAGGAAAAGCUCUACAGUAUUACAAAGCAGCUCUUCAGUACAGAAAUGAUGAUACCAUUGUGCAAAAGGCGUAUCUCACACUUAAAAAGCAGCUGAAGAGCUAGUGAGUGGUAACUGGAACGAACUCUAAUUCAGGAAAAAUUCAAACUGAAGCUACAGUCGUGGCGACUUUCGGAUGAACAUAAAAGAGAAUUGUGAAGGAGAUGUGUUUGAAUCCUUUAGUUUUAAUACAUCGAGGAAAAAUCGUAAGGAAGUAAUGUCUGCUUUGAACUGUUACUCAUUUGAGCUAAAUUGAAAGAUUGUUAUUUAUUUUAUGUUAGCUAAUGAAGCACAAAAAGACCGAAUAUAUACUAGAUUUCAAAACAACUAAACAUCACGCCAAGAUUAAUCAGUCCUCUUCGUUAACAUUAGUUAAUAUUAAUGGUGGCAGCUUUAUCCUGCUUACUCUCACCGUGCUAGUAGACCUUGCAUUCUCUGUAAUGAGUUGUUUUUAAAAUUGAAUUUCUUAAUGGACAAACGUUAUUUUAAGUACUUAGUCUUGAAGCCAAAGUGGUUGGCUGGAAUUUAGUCUUUUAUCUGAAAUAAUUCUGUAUCUUAUGUAUUUGAUCAAAAUGUGAAUUUUAGCUAAUUUUGUUAACACCUUACGUAAUGGC